ACGUGCAAUCAAGCAAAUGCUGUUGAGGGCGACGAGCAGAGGGAAGCAUCUCGUGAAAAAGCAGAUGAAAAGCUGCAUUCAUCUUAACUCUCCUAGAACAGGAGGGGGCAUCAUCAUCCUAGACACAGACACCUCAUGUGACUUGAAACAGCACGUCCUGGUGGAGUCUUGAGCCUGCUCCUCAUGACCAUGUUGAUGUUGGAGAGCUGGCCGUUCUUCAGUGUGGAUGUGAACUAGAGGAAGGCAGAGACUAGAGGAGGUUUCUGCUGCUUUAGGUCGACACUUUAACAACACACUCCAUCAACAUGUCUUGGAGAGCAGGGAGGAUGCGACCGUUUCACCGACCCAUACCGUGUUCUGUUUGAGGUAUUGCUGCUUCUGACUGACCCCCCAAGGACUAUAAGGAAAAGAGAGCUGAUCAACUGGAUGGUGCCAUGUGAAUGACUGAAGACCAUGAAGCCCAGACAUAAGCUGCUGUUUGUCCUGUGUCCCAUGCUGGUCCUGGGCUUUAUUUACUACUCUUCAGGGAAACUGCAUCUGCACGUAUGGGGCCAGAAACCUCAGAGAGAAGCGGAAGAAACAACUGUAGUCGUCCUGAGUCUGAAUAAAGGUGCUGAAGUGAAAAGAAUUGCAGAGAUGGAAACGGACAUCAGCGUUGGACGUAUAAUAGGCUCAGUGUAUGAUAAGCAGGGCUUCCUGCUGCAGCUGGACACAAAACUGCCACUGGACUUGACAUACAAGUAUGGCAACCUCAGCGAAGGAGCGUGCAAGCCAGAGUAUGCUGCAAACAAGAUGGCCCUCAUCUAUCCUAAGUUCAGGAAAUCGGCGCCCAUGUUUCUGGAUCAGAACUACAAACGACUACACAAUGUCUGCACUUACAUGCCUCCAUUUGGUUUGAAAACACAAGAGAAAAUAAUUGACAGCAUUUUAAGUGAAACUAAAAGUUACGGACUUGGAGAAAAACUAGACAGUCUGAGCUGUAAAAGAUGCAUCAUCGUUGGCAACGGGGGAAUCUUAUUCAAUAAGUCUCUGGGCUCCCGCAUUGAUGACUACGAUGUUGUAGUGAGGUUGAACGAAGCCCCAAUAAAGGGCUACUUCAAAGAUGUAGGAACCAAAACCACCUUGAGGAUUACGUAUCCAGAGGGAGCGUUCCAGAAACCUGAAAAUUAUGAAAAAGACUCGCUGUUUGUCUUUUCUGCUUUCAAACAACUUGAUUUCAAGUGGCUGAGGCAUAUGGUCUUCAAAGAAAAGCUGAGGGGUAUAGAUGGAUUCUGGAAAUCAGUGGCUCAUUAUGUGCCUCGGGAGCCGACUGAGAUAAGGAUCCUCAAUCCCUACUUCAUCCAGGAGGCAGCAUUCCAGUUCAUAGGCCUGCCGUUCAACGGUGGCGCCAUGGGCAAAGGGAACGUUCCAACUUUGGGAACAGUUGCCAUAACGAUGGCACUGCAUAACUGUGACGAGGUGGCGGUGGCUGGAUUCGGGUAUGACAUGAACACGCCUAACGCGCCUCUGCACUACUACGAGACCGUCAAGAUGUCCGUCAUUAAAGAGUCUUGGACACACAACAUAUCGAAAGAAAAGGAGUUUCUCCGCAAGCUGGUAAAAGCCAACGUUAUCACAGAUCUCACCAACGGUAUUUGAGUUUACACCCACCUACGGUCUCCCUCUGCCACUAUGAAAUGACAACAUUACCGAAAGAUGGAAAACGGAUUAUCCUGGAGAAAAAAAAGCCUUCUGAGUGGACUGUGUACCACUGGGCUUUUUACGUCACAGGAGAUUAGAGGAAG